UAUACUAAAAAAAAAACAAAACAAAACAUAAAAACAAAUCUCUUUCGUAUUUGUACCUGAUAGAACAGGUCAUUCUCGUUUCCUUUCUUUUUGCCUCCGUUGUUCUGUCAAGGUGAAGAAAGUGAAAGUAUUUGGGUCGAGUCGCGAGCGCAGCUUGAUGUCAGAUACUUGGAUGAAAUGGCACAAAUGAGUGAAGGAUCCACUGAAAACCCAGACGAGGACAGCGUGCCCCUCAGGAGCAACGGAAAGACGUCCACUAAUGGCAGCGGCAAGGAGAAACUGGGCUUGUUAAAGACAUUUCGACACAGCAUCAAACGGGUUGGAGAAAAGAGCCCCAUCUCAUCUAUGAGGUCAAAGGUCACAACCACAGAAGGCACGGGUGCUGCUGAUACCAAUGGCUCAAGUGCAACCGAUUUAGAAACACCCACGUCACCAAGUUUGAAUGCUGGCUCACCCAUUGUUUCACCUCUGAAAAGCAUCGGUGUUUUUUUCCAGAAAAAAGCAGAAGCAGGGAGUGAGGGUACUUCAACAAAAAUCAAAUCACCUUUAAGAACGCGAUCAGAUCCCACUGCGCUGUUUGGUGACUCUCUACUGAAAAAAGGUGCAUCCAUUGGUCACAGCCUGAGACUCAGCAGUAAGAAGGACAAAGAAAGGAUUUGCACAGAGGACCCACUCAUCCCUGAGAACAAGGAGGAGGAGAUGCAGGGGGAGGUCAUGCUGGAGAAAAUGUGGGAGUCCUACGCACUUCCAGAGAUCCCUGACACGCCGCUGUCAGUGAUGCAGAUCAGCAAGUUGAUAGAGAUGGAGGUUUUAGAGGAGGCUCACCUGAACCUGCUGUCGUUGCGGCAGGAGUUCCAGCGUGAAAGGGAGCAGUGCACCAAAGAAGAUUCACCAGUGGAGCUAGCCAAGAAAGAGAAGGACCUCAGCCUCCUCUAUGAAAACCUAAGGAAUAAGAUUAAAGCCAUAGUACGUGAUUCCAACUCCCUUCCCAACAGAAACAACGGGCUGCUUGAACCCGUGGCUCACAUCAUCCUGGAGGAGGAGAAGAGGGCUGGGGAGCCUUGUGCACUAGCGGGCAGCUGGAUGGAAAGCUGGAGAGAGGCGGUGGGUGAGGGGGUGCAAGCCAAGGUGGAGAACAUCCACUUGGACAGCAUGGAGCAGAACACCUCCUGGCUGGCCGUGCACCUGGGCCUUCUGGGCAAGGUAAUUGUGCAGGACUUGGAGAAUGUGAAGAAAGACCUGCAGUGGUCCUACCCACCCAGCUUCAAAGCGUUCAGUGUCUAUGUGAAGAGUUAUCACAAAGCCAUCGGACAGCACCUGAAAAAGCUGCAGCAGCAGGUGACGGAGCGGAAGGAUUACUACAGGCUGCUGGACUGGAUCAACAACUGCUAUCAGAGUGAGAAGAUCAUGGGAAGUGUUUCUCUCCAGCCAGAGAUGAAAUCUGAGAGCACUGACCUCCACCUGGAGGAUGGAUUCCUGGAGCACCUGAAAGAGCAGUACAGCUGCAAAAUAAAGGAAGACAUGCAAGCUUCUCUGGACAAAAUCAGUGAACUUGAGAAUGAGAAAUUUUGGAGUGAAAAGAAGCCGCCGGACAUAGACAACAACUUUCUCAACUCUCAGAUUCACAUGGACAUCUGGACGAUAGUAGAAGGAAAUGCAGUAAACACGCGUGCACUGGAUGCACAGCUGGAGCAGAAAGUCAUCUGUUCCUGUCUCGAAGCACUAAAAGAGUUUCCCAGUAGGUUCAUGACAGAGUUCAAACAUCACUGUGACACUGAGCCCUCAAACCCUCUUUGGACCCAGUAUCACAUCACAUACAUAAACAGCUUCACCGAUUUACAGAACCACAUGGAAGGGUACAGGGACAGCUGUCCACACCAGGUGGAAGAGUUCAGCAGAGAGGUGAAGCAACUAAUCAAUGACCUCUGCCAUUGCCUGAAGGAGCACUUCAAAGAGGAUGUCAAGCCGUAUCUGAGGAGAAUGAUGACUAGAACGUGGCUCACAAAUAACAGUGACUUCCAGCAGCUUCACAGCCGGACAAAGCGCCUGUCAGAGGACUGCGCUCUAAUGAAGCCUCCUCACGUACAGGAAUUUGUGAGUCAGUUGCACUACCACGUGGUGAGGGGAUACAUCAGUCAACUGAUGAAAAACGACUACUCGUGCAAGAACAGGAAACACGAGGAGGCAGCGAGCAAGAUCCGUGGACAGUGGGGGGAACUCAGGGAUCUAUUUGAGGACAUGAAUUCAAGUCAUGAGUGGCUCCAUCCUGUCGGAGACGACCUGAGCGACAUCAUUGGUCAGAAAAACAAGAGGGACAUAAAGAACCACCUGCAGCCUGUAGUGGAGCAUUACCCCGACUUCAGCCGGAAGCAUCUGGCUGCUGUUCUGUUCUUCAGAGGAGUAACGAGGGGCCGCGAGCACCAGCUGAUCCUCCGGAAACUGACAGAGCUGAAGAAGAGCCAAAGCAACAGUGACGGCAGCGACAGAAGUCGAGUUUUAUUUGGUGACAUGCAGGCCAAUGUGAACACAAACUGCCUCUCCAAGCUACCUUUGUCCUGCCUCGGCUUCUAGUGUAGCAACCAGCUGACGAGUCAGUGACCAGAAGAAUGACGCUUUCUCUAAGGGGGUUCACACCAUUUCAUUAUGUUAGCUACUUGCGUUAACUGUUCACUUCCUUUUUUCCCUACAACCCCCCCCAAAAAAAGAAACAUACAACAGUAACAUACAGUGAUUGUACACAAACACAAAGGUGGAUUACUGAACAGGCCUACUGGGUCCAGCCCUGAGAGCCGAAGGGCUCAGGGGGGGCCACAGAACCCAGGUCUAUGCACAACUAUGUUAUCUACUCUUUUAUGUUAAUGGGCGAAUGAAGUCAAAUAACUGUCGCUAAGUUAUGUGACAUGCCUUAUUAGGGCCCCUCAAUCAUAUAACAUGGGCUAUGUUAAUUGCCAAAGAUACCGGAACGGGGCCCCACAAUCUAAUAACAUGCACUAUGUUAUUUGCCUAUUCCACGUCAUAUUUUACCCACGGCCCCUUGGAUUGUUAUAGUCUCGAUUUCUAUAGGCUAUAGCCUAAUACAGGGUAUUCAACUUGUUCCAGAAAGGGCCAAGAGGGUGCAGGUUUUCUUUGCAGCCACCCACUCCACCAGGUGAUUUCACUGAUUAACAUCACUUUGAGCAGGUGGAAUCAGUUAAUCAGUGGAAUCACCUGGUGGAGAUGCUGGCUGCAAAGAAAACCUGCACCCUCUUUGCCCUUUCUGGAACAAACUGAAUACCCAUAUCAGGCUAUAUAGCCUAAUACAAUGUUGGUGUAACUGUUGUCCUGCAAUUCUGUGUUUGUGUAAUAGUUUAUUUUUAAACUGUAGUUUUUAGUCUUUUAAUACACCUGUUGUUGAAACUGAUGUCUUAUAAAGUUUUAAUGGUGCUGGAAUUCACAAUAUAUCAGUCUUGUCUCAGA